AUGAGGUCCCAACCAGGCAUGGCGAACGUGCUGCUGCCCACCGCUCUCUGCCUCAGCCUGGUCACUGUGUGCUUCGGAGCUGCGAUUCCCAUUUCAUGUGGUUCCAUCUACAAGAGUUUUGCUCAGUGUUUACUCACACUCGGGGACAGCUUGGUGGAUACACAAAAAGACCAGAACACACAGGACAUUGAUGCAAUCUGCAGGUCCUGGAAUGCAUUUCAUGUUUGUGCCAACUCCGCUCUGGCCGGCUGUCCCGGUGAAGCAGCAGCCGUUUGGGAGUCUCUGAGACAAGAGUCCAGGAAGACGCAAUUCUCUGGAAACCUCUAUGACAUGUGUGCCAGCCGCACCACCCUCCCAUCCAGCACCGUGCCUGCACCCGCGCCACAGAGCCCUCCCACCUCCGACCAGGCCAACCAGGAUAAACUGAAAGGGAAAACGAACAAGCACAGCCCCACCUUCAACUCACUGUUGCUCCCUGUAUGCAGCACCUUGCUACUUCUUCUCAGGUGUUAA